AUGCUGAUAAAGAGUUACGAACGAGUUUCUAGCUUUUAUGCCCUACCACUUCACUUGCUUCAAUUUGUCCUUACAGGUCUUGCUCCUUUUCCAUUUUUGGAAUCUCUUUCACGGUUACUCUUCAAGGCUACACUCGACCCUAGCAAGGAUCUGUCUCUUCCUACGGUCAUACAAGCCAAAUACUUUCCCACUCCCUCUUCAGGCUCCAGAUUUAAGUUUGACCUAUUGGGCUGGCUCAGCGGUAGGAUUACGGCAAACACCUGGUGUCAGAAAGCCAUAAUAUUGGCCUUCUGCUUCCUUGGGCUUCAAUUCUCCUACCUCAUAUGGGGGAUACUUCAGGUUUGUGUGAUGCAGUAG